AUGUGUUACCACAACUACAGCCAGCACAAUGGCUGCGGCCACAUUGGAGAGUCACAUGAGCAUCCGUGGACACUAUGUGACCACGCCAUCCAGCGGCUGAACAACCUCCGCGGGCCGGGCUCUCCACCAGUCUCUCCACCAGCCACAGCGCCGCCCAAGCGCACUUCGUCAACACGACGUUUCUUUUCGCUGAGCGGCCAGCUCUCGCGCUCGAAUACCAGUGCGUCGACCAGCUCCUGGCGGUCGGGCGCAUCUGCGCCAAGGACCUCGGUUUCCAGCUCCGGCUCCUACACCUAUACCGUCGAGCUAGACUACUCCACCCUGCCCGACCACCAACUCGCAGCUGUGAGAUGCGCCGACCCAACACGCCGCACCUAUGUCAGCAGAGGCAUGGUUGUCUGCAAGGAGUGCGCCCGCUGGAUCGAGGCCAUGCGCAGCAUGAUUCAGUUUUACGACAAAAAGGGCAGUGUCCGGGGGACGGCGGCGUUUGAAAAGUUCCUCAGGUGGGAGGGCGAGGGCGGCGGCGAACGAGAAGGCGACCUCACCGUUCCGCUUGACGACGGCGACGAUGGAGCUGUCUACGGCGCCAGACAGGCAAUUAUCCUGGGUCACCCGGAGAGUGCCAUGAACGCUGAGGGGCCAAGGGGCCUAGGCACGCUGGAACGAGAGAUGGAAAGUCGAUAUCGAUAUUGAAGAGAGUUCUGCUCUAACUGCAAAAGAAGUGCAAGUAGCCUGUGACUGAGGCAUGCUGGGGCCAUGUAAUUCUGUCGUGAGCUCUUUCUCUUUUCGCCUGCGGUUAUAUGUAACUAGGUAGACAAUCCUCACAUCACACUCCGCAUAACUGGUCCGGAAGGCUGGGCCCGCUCCUUGCGCUAAUGAUGGACGCAAGGAUUAAGAAAGCAAGGACAGGUUGUCUGACAAGAAGGUCGGCAUAUGAUGCGCCCAUGAUUGUCUAUUGCCUGCAAGCAGAUCUUUUCCAUUAAAACCUUUUACUUUGACCGCGUUCUGAUGCCGUGCGUCGGUCUCGCUUGAAGCAGG